CCCCUGCUGUGCUGCCUUGCGAGUCUCGGCUGCUCUGUGACGUCCACUAACUGCGGGGACAAUGGGAGACCCCGGGAGCCGUGACGUGGAUUCAGUGACCUUUGAGGAUGUUGUUGUGACCUUCACCCUGGGAGAGUGGACUUUGUUGGAUCCUUCCCAGAAGCAGCUCUACAGAGAUGUGAUGUGRGAUACCUUCAAGAACCUGGCCUCUAUAAAAAAAGAAAGAGGAGGUCAGACCACUGAAGAUGUGCACCAGAAUCCCAGAAGAGAAAUAAGAAGUCAAGAGGAAGGGAGAUGCUGUGAACAUAAAGAAAGUAAUCAGUGUGGAGAAAGCGGCAGCUGUAAACCUGAUURUCUUGAAAACAAGAUAAUUCCUCCUGGAGUAAAAUCAAGUGAAAGCCCGGUUUUCCAGGUUGGUAUUCACCUAUGGGGAGGAGAUAGCCAGUCACUGUGGCUGUGACACCAGUGUGUGACU